AUCGAGCAUUUUAUUGCAAUGUCUCAGGUAAAGAGAGGGCUUGUGGUAAGCUUUCUUCACGUUCUGCUGUCAAUAGCGGUGUAUGAGAGGGUUGCCCCAUGUCCCCAUUUCUCUUCAAUUUCACGAUCGAGGAUGUCCUUGUAAACGCUCUCGAGGGCUUUCAGGGUUCUGGUGUAGAGCUUCUUCCCUGCAAUCACGUGACCGAUUUAGAUUAUGCUGAUGAUAUUGUCUUACUUGGUGAUGACGCACGGUGCACACAAUCCGUUCUAAACCGCUUGGCGAUUAAAGCAUCAAUAUAUGGGAUGACCUUAUCCCUUAUGAAAUGCGAAGUCCUGGUCCUGGAUUGGCAUCCACCUGCUCCAGUGCUCACACUUCAAGGUACGCAGCUUGAACAAGUGGACAACUUUGUUUACCUGGGAAGCUGUGUCACUGCUGAUGAUAGCAUUGGAAAAGAGAUUUCCCUCCGCAUUGCCAAAGCCGGUUCGGCAUUCGCCAACUUGUGGCAUCUGUGGCGACGUCGCGACGUUUCACUAUUGGUAAAGGGCAGUGUCUACAAUGCCUGUAUUCGCGCGGUGCUGCUGUAUGGGAGUGAGUCCAUGCCGAUUCGUGUGAAUGACUUGUGUCGGCCUUUGACAAUGGAUGUCUGCGGAGAAUAGCUCAAGUGUGGUGGAUGUACCAUGUAAAAAAACGGUGAUGUUAGACGUCGCGUCUUGGGUAAC